GUGGCCUACAUGGUUAUGGAGAGAGACGUUCUGACGAAGGCAACUCAACACAUCGUAUCUACAUACAGAUCCGCGACGCUCGUUGAACUUUGCAGUGAGUUCGUGUGAUUGGCCACAUGGAGCUUAUCACGUGACAUGGGCUGUGGUUCCAGCGGUAGCAACACAAAGAACGAUCUCUCUGCGAGCCCCGAGGUGUUGGAAGAGUACAUGGGAUUAGAGAAGGCCAUCUGGCGGGAGGAACAACAAGUUCUAGCGCCGGCUCCAGCCCUGAGUUUCGCAAACGCGAGGUUGGAGGCGCUGAACACGGAGUUACAGGCAGCAGAGCAAAGCAUGGCCAUGUGGAAUAACUCUGGGGGUAGCGGAAGUGACGACAGCUUGAGGCAGGUGGUGCUAGAGCUCGGGAUUCAUAGGAACGAAGAGAGGGCUGCAGAACACGAGGAGUUCAUAGCCACCAUCAACAGACAGGUGCUUGCUCGCAAUGAGGUGGAACUGCUAGUGAGACGUCGCGAGGAGGCGGAAGAGGAGGUGAAACUGCUUAAAUCAAAAGUAGCCUACCUUCAGGGGCUGUAUCAGGAGGAGGACGCGCUGCUGAAACGUCUGUUUGAAGAGGCGUAUGGCAGCGAGGAGGAGAAGAACGUCGAAAUGGAGCUGGACAAAGUGCGCACCUACCGCGACACGAUGGCAAGCGGCGUGCUGGAGUGGCGAGAGGCAUCCGUUCUGGUGCAGACGGCCACGGAGCUGCUGGACAGGGCCGUCACAUGCUGGAAGCAAAUAAACGCCCAGACGCCGGAGACGCGGUUUCACCUGUCUACUGAAGCGAGGAACACGAUUCAGGAGGGGGCACUGAACGUUCAGACUGCCCAGGCUAUGCUUCCAGGCGUACAAUUUCCCUACUGCACGCCUAGAGAAAUGAACGCAGUGCUACAGGCUGUGGUAUACAUGUUCACGGACAUACAGAUCGCCGAUCGCUACAACCAUGCAGGACAGUGUUACAGAAAUUUCCAUGACAGAGCGAAGGCGCUUAGCAAAUGGAUGCAAGACACAAUCCAGAACAGCCUGAUGAAGGACCUGGCCGAUGUGGACAGGAAGGUCAGUGAGACCACCGAGCGACUGCGCAGACUCCGUGUGUCGCUCAUCAGGCACAAAAUGGGUGAUUACACAAUGGACGGACUGAAUGCGACACCGCCAUAUGGAGCUUCCAGCCUGAGACGCGUAGCCACGUCAGAGCGACGUCUCCGACCCGGGUUCGACCCCCGCCAGUACAAGAUGGCUCCCCACCGGAAUGAAAUGUGGCAGGGCCGCGCACUAGAUCACAUGAAUCUAAAUGCCCCAGGCGAGUGGGAGCCAAACGACCAGUGGGGUGCCCCAACACAGAUAAUUCGACAGUGGACUUUGUGAAAUUGGCAACAAAAAACUGGUUCCCGGUGUCACAUCGGGUUGCCAAAUGGAGACCCAAUUUUCAAAUGUCUCGUUAAUUCCUGGUCAAAUGAAGAUGUGAUAUUAACAAAUAACGACAAACAUGAGGUCAGUCGUAGUAGCCAGACGACUUGAGGUGCGUAUGGUCUUACACCGCGCAAACGAACACUGGUAAGGAGGGCUUUUGUCCCACUCGAAGCACAGAUGUACAGAGUGUUCGAUUUAAAACGCGACCCUAGCAUGAACAUUUUCACGCCGUCGAAACUAAUGCCAGCAUUAUCCCGUUGGUGCAGCUUAUGCAUUACUUGAAAUUAAUACCGGCGUAACAUCAGCUGUUUUGUCGCUCCAUGAAAACGUUUCACAGAGAAACACUUCCUGUGUCCCGAAAUGUUCCUACCAGGAAAUAUGUCUUAUUUGGUACUUCUUCAUUCAGAUACACGUUGCUAAAUGCUUUACAAAUAUCAAACAAUUUCGAUGCGAAGUAAAUUUCGGGAAUGAACACAUCAUGUUUGUGCCAGAACAACUGUUGCGCAACUGGCGUGAGGAACGGCCUAGCAAACAGGAUGACCUUGAAUCAAACGUCACGGAGUAGGACGGGAGAGUAUGUUACACGGGGUGGACCUGCUUUUGAUUUCAUUUUUCUGCCGCGGUACGUGACUGUUGUUGGCUGCGUUUUAAAUGGUACAUUCUGCAUAUCUGUAAUUGUCCUGCAUUAGUCAUGCGACAGGCCGGUACCCUUUCCAAGGAAUCCUGUGAAGCGUGUGAAGAUUCAGUUUCAGAGUUAAUUCUUAAUCGGAAGAAGCCACUGGAACUAAUAUGCGAAAUAAAGAGAAUAAAUACAGAACUAAGUUAAUUAGUAAAUUUGAAACAUCGGUAUCAUUACAGUAAAAAUAAAAACUGAUAUAUUAAUGCAAAGCAUGAAGCUAUAAUAUUGAAGUGUGUUUGCAUCAUGAGUCACAGUAUUUAGUGCGUGAAACUGUAAAUUCAAAAUGCCUGUUAAGUGCAAGUGGAAACUGGACUGACCAAUAGUAAGAAAGGUGUGUUCUUGGACAGUCCUGACCAGCAAUACUCACUGGCACAUAAUAACCAACAUCAUGAAAGAAUGAACGUCUCGAUCGAGUGCGCACUAGAUGAAUGCCCGACCCUGAAAGUUUUGAACUUCAAAAUGCCAAACUGUUCAGUGUAUAUAACGAUUUGUUAGAAAUAAAUAUUC